UUUAUAGGUAUAAGCUCUUUAUUGCUAAAGUUGGGAGCACCCUUCCUUGGAUAUUGGUCUAACAGCAGAGAUCGACUUCUUCUUGUUUCUUCACCCAACAAAGACAUCGGUUUGCUGUCUUAUCCGGGGGGAAGCAAGCAAAUCCCUGUUCCCAUAUCCAAGCCUCUGCCACCUCGAUUUCUCGUCCCUGUUCCCAAAUCUCUCCUUUCGGUGGGUUUUCAUACCCCCCCCCCGACCCCCGAAGACGCCAUCCUCGUCCUCGUCGCAUGAUUCGCUUUCUUUCCCGGAUCCCCGUUCGUUGUCCUAAUGGUGUGAGGAUGACACGGAACCCGGCGCCGGCGGCGGAGAGGAGGCAGAAGCGGAAGCUGUCGAACCGGGAGUCGGCGAGGCGGUCGCGCAUGAGGAAGCAGCAGCGGUUGGAGUACCUGACCAGCACGGUGGUGCAGAUGAGGGACGAGAAGGCGCGGAUGGCCGAGCUGGCCGCCGGGGUGACCCAGCAGCGGCGGCUGCUGGAGUCGGAGAACAGCGCGCUCAGGGCGCAGGCGGUGGAGUUCGCCGAGAGGCUGCAGUCGCUGAGCUCGGUGCUCCGCCUGGUGGACGACGUCCGCGGGGCGGCCAUGGAGGACGUGUCGGAGAUCCCGCCGCCUGUUCCUGGGCUGUGGCAGUCCCCUCGCCCGGGCGUGCCCAUCUUGGCCUCGGCGGACGUGUUUGAGUGCUGCUGAGCUUACUUUGGAUUGUCUUUAUCGAUCCUCUCUUCCAUUUCUGAGUGCAGUUAGUACUUGAGAUAGGUUUCGUUGAUUUCACAAAGUUGACCUUGUUGACA